CUGCGCGAGGGCCUUCUCCUGAACUGGGGCGGGGGUCACCGAGCGGGCGGACGGACAGACAGGCGCGCGGACCAGACGCACGCGCACACAGACACAAACGAGGCAGGCGCGCCCGCGGGCGCAAGUAGAGAGACCCAGACAGAGCCAGGGAUCUAAGGCCUGGGGAGAGAGGAAAGGGGCAGGGGGCCGCUAGGCGCCCCGGGGGAGUGUCCGGAGCCGUCCCCCUCCCCUGGGCGCUCCAGUCCGAAAACCCUUUGGUAAUCGUGCGCUCGGGUGCAGAUGCCGGGGUUCCGAGCAACUGGCCUUCACCACCAGACUGAGAUGAUUGCCCUGCCUGUCUAAACAGUUUACUGAACUUCCUCCUCCCUAGAGGACAGCUGCUAUCCCCUUCAAGAUGAAGUGUGUGCUGGUGGCCACGGAGGGGGCCGAGGUCCUAUUCUACUGGACCGACAAGGAGUUCGAAGAUAGUCUCUGGCAGAAGUUUGGGCUGUCAGAAAACAAGGAAGGAGAGCUCCCUGCUCUGGAGGACCGCCUCAGCACGUUUUUUGCACCUGUGAUCAUCUCCUGUAUGACGAUGCUGGAGAAGCUCUCGGACACCUACACCUGCUUCUUGGCUGAGAAAAGCAAUCAUCUGUAUGUCCUUCACUUGUUUGGUGAAUGCCUGUUUAUCGCCAUCAACGGUGAUGGCACAGAGAGUGAGGAUGACCUGCGCCGGAAGGUGUACGUACUGAAGCAUCUGUUUGAGAUGCACUUUGGACUGGUUGCCCUGGACAGUCAUCUCAUCCGGAAAGAGCUCCGGCCCUCAGACCUUCAGAAACGCACCCAAGUAUGGGCCCUCUUCCAGAGCCUGCUCCAUACAUACAGCCGCCUACGAAACCAAGAGCAGAGCUUUCUGGUAGAGGCUGUUGAGAGGCUGAUCCACCCCCAGCUCUGUGAACAGUGUAUUGAGGCCCUGGAAGAACACGUCGUUCACCACAUCAAUACCCGCUCUGACAGUGGUGGGGAAGAGGUCCUCCAUGCCUUCCUGCUUGUCCACACCAAGCUGCUGGCCUUCUACUCCAUCCAUCACGCUAGUCCCCUGCGCUCAGCAGAUCUUCUCUCCAUCCUUCUCAUGGUUCAAGACCUAUACCCCAGUGACAGCUCAAUGGAAGAGAACAGCAUGCAGGCUUCCCAAGGAAAGACAUCUCAGCAGAGACCCAGCAACAGCCAGAACAUUCCUGUGCAGCAGAUGAGAAGCCCUGGCCCACAUUCAUCGGCUAGGAGUAGUUCAGAGGAGACGGAGACAGACAGUCUUUCAGUGGUGGAGGAAUACUACACUCCAGCACCCUCCCCUGGUGGACAGAGCUCAGGAAGUACCAUCUGGCUGGAGGGUGGAACUCCACCAGCUGGUGAGGAUGCCGAUGCUGCCUUUGUCCAGAUAGCAGAGGACACCUUGCAAACGCUGGCGUCCCCUUCUCCUGCACCUUCUAAUCCCAGAAGGAUUUUCCUUGAUGCUACUUUAAAGGAGAGCCACUGUGUUAUGAUGCCUCACACCAUGUACUGCAUGCCUCUCUGGCCAGGCAUCUCUAUGGUGCUUCUAACCAAGAGCCCCAGCUGCCACAUGGCUCUCUCCCUUUACCAGCUGCUGGAUGGGUUUUCAGUACUAGAGAAGAAGCUGAAGGAAAGGCAGGAAGCAGGGAGUGCCCUUCGUUCCCAGCCUCUUCUGGGGGACUUGCGCCAGAGGAUGGACAGAUUUGUGAAGAAUCGAGGAGGACAGGACCUUCAGAGCUCAUGGCUGGAAUUUAAGAGCAAGGCUUUCUCCAGAAGUGACCAGGGGUCAUACUUGGAGAUCAUCCAAGCCUGUGCAAAGGUAAAGCGGCAGCUUUGCUCCAUGUACCGAGUCUACUUCCUGAGCCCAGCACCUGGAGGGGGAGGGCACUGCCUCCCUGAGAGCCUACAGAACCGGGCCCAGAGUGUCAUCCAAGACAUGCUGGUGGACUGGAAAGACUUUUUAAUGGUGAAGAGCCAGCGAAACAUCACCUUGGUGUCUUACCUGGAAGACUUCCCAGGGUUGGUGCAUUUCAUCUACGUGGAUCGAAUGACAGGGCAAAUGGUGGCUCCCUCCCUGAGCAUCACUGGAAAAACGACAUCAGAACUGGGCAAGGGACCCCUGGCCACCUUCAUCAAAGCCAAGGUCUGGGCUUUAGUUGGUCUGGCCAGGCGAUACCUUCAAAAGGGCUACACAACCCUGACGUUCCGAGACGGCGACUACUACUGCUCCUACUUCCUGUGGUUCGAGAAUGAGAUGGGGCACAAACUACAGGCGAUAGAGGUACCUGUCCUCUCUGAUGACUCGGCUCCUAUCGGCGUGCUUGGGGGAGACUAUUACAGGAAGCUUCUGCGCUACUAUAGCAAAAGCCAUACGGGAGAAAUAGUGAAAUGCUAUGAAUUGAUGACCAUCCAUCUCUCUGUCCUCGCUGUGGACAUAGUGGUCCAGCAGGCAGGCGAGCUGGCCCGGCGGCUGUGGGAGUCAUCCCGUAUACCCUUGCUCUAGAAGACUGGACUGUUCUGUGGCUCUCAGGUUUCACAAGACAUUUGUUUGGUUUAUUCUAUGUCUCCCCUCUUCAAGACCUGCCCAAGGUCUCCAGACACUACCAUCGGGGUGGAUAUGCCCCACCUCAGUUUCUCAAAUCCUCUGUGAUACAGAUCAUAGCUGAUCCAUUCCUGCCCAUCCAUCAUUUGGAGAAAAAUGCUCUCCUGCUCAGUGCUAGCCCUAAGGCAGCAGGAUACAUAUUCCUGAAAAGAGCUACCCUGGCCGAUCCAUGGGAUGCAUGGCACACAGAGAUGUCUUGCAAGCCACAAAUCAGACCUGCGGCGCUACAGAUCUUAACAUCAAUGAUAUAGAUGCCACUUUAUGUUUCAGAAAGCAGGUUGGGAGUCAGAGGCAGGGUCUGGGCCUCCCUGGAAUCAUUCCUGCUGCAAGAGAAUGAUGCACUUUAAACAGAGGCCUUCCAUAUUGUGUCCUUAGAAGUUCCAGGGAUUUUGACAUUGAAAUUCAGAGCCACUAAUUCUAGGGGCUGCCUGUCCAUGUCUUCCCCCUGAGGGGGGAAGGUUACCAGCACUUAAUAUCCAGGGUUUCGUGACCUUAGCUUCCUGCAUUGCUUAAAGCACUUACCUUUCCUAUUUUUCUUCACUGGAUUCCUUCUUAUCCUGCCUCACAGGACAGAAAGGAAGAGCUUGCUCAAGCAUUUGAGUUUCCUUUCUCUGCUUCCUCAAAUCCAAGCUGCCUUAUUGGCCUAUCAUACAGUAAAGUGGGGAAGGGGCUUAGUGUAGGUCUAUAUAUGUAUUGCACAAUGGACAGUUCCAAAAAUUUAUUCACUCCCAGCCUUGUCAGUGUGUGGGAAGGAAACAAGAAACCAAAAUCUGGGUCUUUUGCAGCCAAGGAGACAGGUGUUGAAUUGAAAAGACAUUGAUUGACAGAAAUAAAAUACUAAGUUCUGUAAACCACCUUAUUUCUGCUUUAUGCAUUGUAAACCUUCCCACCCCACCCUGCCUGUUUUAUUUCUGGGCACAAACAAGACCACCAGUGACUCUGUAGUCAUUGACUACAGGUGUAGUCUGCAGACUACAAAUGGCCUACAUUCCUUAAGGAUUUCCAAGAAGCUGUCUGUUGGGCAGUGGCACAAUAAAUCAGUCUAGAAUUCAGGGGUCGGGAACCUGGGGCCCUUCUUCUAAAGUUUGGAUUCAGUCAGAGGGCUGCACUUGAGGACCUAGAGGACCACAUGUGGCCUUGAGGUGGGAGGUUACCUACCCCUGGUCUAGGUCAUUUAAAUAAGAAUGGUAAUACCACAGAUGAGCUUCCCACUGUGUGCCCUAGGCAGAUAGCUAAGCACUAGUGUUCCAGGGAUGCAGCGUUCCUAUUGCUCCCUACUCCUGAUGGGUCUGGCAGCAAUAAGGCCUGUGUCAUUACUUAUUCAACCAUGCAGGAGUUAUCUCAAAGACCCCAGUCUAACUUGUAAAGGAAACACACUGGAAGCUGACAGUUCAAUUACAGAAGAAGAAGGAAAAAAAACUAAUUUUCCUCCAGUGGCUCUUGGCAAUAUUAGGGCAUCCAAGAAGAAUCGGCUGGAGAAUCUCUCUGUGCAAGUCCCUGCAAUCCAAUCCAAACAGCUGCAGAAUCCUGUCAGUUUUACUUCCAUGAUAUCUCUUAGAGUCCUCCUCUUCUCAACUCACGAUGCCACCCCCAAGUUCAAAUCCCCAUCAGCAUUUUCCUGUUCUAACUGGUCUCCCAGCUUCCAUUCUCUGCUAAUCAACUCAUCUUCCUUCUGACCAUUUUCACCCACUUGCUUAAAGACCCUCAAUGGUCUUUUCAAAGUUGUUUUUCUUCACAUUGUUGUAUUAAUUGUUGCCUUUUAAAAAUGGACAGACCAAAACAAGAGAAAGAAAUGGAGCUGUUUUGUUAUUAUCUUGUUAAAUUUGGUGUUACUUUUUAAAGACAAACUGUAUGUAAUGGAAGUUCAGAGUUUUUUAUAAAAUCUCAUGUUCUUUGUAAUCUA